GCCAGGCAAGCGCAUCGCGGUCGCGGCGGGAGCGCCUUUGCCCGCCGGCGAGGAUGGUGGGCGCCACGCCCGUGCACAGCCCCGUGAACCUGCACGAACUGCUGCUGGCCGGGGCGAAGGGGAGCGGCGCCGGCAUCGCCCCCGCGCCCGGCAGCAGCGGGCCCGGCGCGGCCGCCCCGUCGGAGGAUGAGGAGGUGUGCGUGGUGGGCAUCUUCGGGAAGACGGCCUUGCAGCUGGGCUCCGAGAAGGCGGCCUUGGUGAACACGGUGUGCGACAGGCAGGUGUUCCCUCUCUUCCAGCGGGAGAGCGAGGCCAGGGCAGCGGCCAGGGAAGGAGUAGAGCUGCCCGCUGAUUCCCCUCCUCCUUCCUCCUCCUCCUCCUCCUCCUCCUCUUCUUCCUCCUCCUCCUCUUCCUCUUUGCAAGGGGACUACAACCUCUUGCAGGCUUACUACAGCCAGGAGUGCAAGGUGCUGUACCUGGUGCUCACCUCCAUUUGUGACAGCCGCCAGCUCUUGCAGGCAUGCAGGGACCUGGAGGCCAUGGGGGACGGCCGCCUGCCCGGGGGCCUCGGGGGGCAUCCUGCCCCGGGUGGCUCCCCGCUGCCCCACGCAGAGGCCCACGAGUUCUGGAAGCACCAGGAGAAACUGCACUGCCUGAGCCUGCUCUACCUCUUCUCCGUCUGUCACAUCCUCCUGAUGGUGCACCCCACCUGUUCCUUCGACAUCACCUACGACCGGGUUUUCCGCGCCCUGGAUGGGUUGCGGCAGAAGGUGCUGCCCUCCCUGAAGACCGCCAUAAAGGACUGUCCUGUCGGCAAGGACUGGAAGCUCAACUGCAGGCCUUGCCCACCCCGGCUGCUCUUCCUCUUCCAACUCAACGGGGUGCUCAAAGUGGACCCCCCUCCAGGCAGGGGUCAGGAGCUCUGUGGGCAUCUGGAGAAGCCUCCCCCGAAGAAGCACUCUCCCAAGAGAAGGCUCCAGCACGCUCUGGAGGACCAGAUCUAUCGCAUCUUCCGCAAGAGCCGGGUGCUGACGAACCAGAGCAUCAACUGCCUCUUCACUGUCCCGGCCAACCAAGCGUUCGUAUACAUUGUGGCCGGCGGUGCUCAAGAGGGUGAUGACCCCAUUGCCGUCUUGCUGGAUCAGCUCCGGAGCAACUGCACGACUCGAGAGGCAGAGUCCUUGUUGACGCCCACCUUGGCCGGGCCCAGGAGAUACCACAUGAUGAGGCACGGGCAGCAGCAGCUGUCGUUCCACGUGGAGAGUAGCAGCUGCAGUUCUUCGGGCCAGCUGGUGGACUGCACCUUGAAGGAGUUCCUUUUCCAGCACGUCGAGCUCGUCCUCGGCAAGAAGGGCUUUGACGAUAGUGUGGGCAGGAACCCCCAACCGUCCCACUUUGAACUUCCUACUUACCAAAAGUGGGUGGCCACUGCGCUUAAAUUGUAUGAAGUCGCCAUCGAAGGCAAAGACAACGAUUCUUCUUCUCUCGCUGGGGAGCUGACUUCCAAGAUUCUGGGGAGCAUCAAAGUCUUGGAAGGGUACUUGGAUAUAGACACCAAGUUCUCGGAGAACCGCUGCCAAAAGGCCUUGCCGAUGGCCCACAGUGCAUACCAGUCCAACCUUCCGCAUAAUUACACCAUGACGGUUCAUAAGAACCAGCUGGCUCAGGCCUUGCGGGUGUACAGCCAGCAUGCCCGGGGACCGGCUUUUCACAAAUACGCUUUGCAACUCCACGAAGACUGCUACAAGUUUUGGAGCAAUGGACACCAGCUGUGCGAAGAGAGGAGUCUCACUGACCAGCACUGCGUGCAUAAAUUUCACUUACUCCCUAAAUCAGGGGAAAAACCUGAACCGGAUAGGAAUCCGCCAGUGUUGUACCACAACAGCCGCGCUCGCUCCACUGGUGCCUGCAACUGUGGGAGGAAACAGGCACCAAGAGAUGAUCCCUUUGACAUAAAAACGGCGAAUUAUGAUUUCUACCAGUUACUGGAAGAGAAAUGUUGCGGGAAACUGGAUCAUAUCAACUUCCCCAUAUUUCAGCCAAGUACACCAGACCCGGCACCUGCCAAGAACGAAUCAUCGGCCAGCCCUGUGGAAGGAGAAGUGGAAAAACUGAAGGAGAAGGAGCCACAAACUCAGGGUGAAAGCACCAGCUUGAGUUUAGCUCUCAGCUUGGGUCAGUCCACGGACAGUUUGGGUACCUACCCUGCAGAUCCACAAGGUGGAGGGGACAACACAGAGGCUCACGGGCAGGCCGCAGAAUCCAAAGGGGAAAAGAGGCCCAGCUUGGUAGACCGUCAGGCGUCUACAGUUGAGUAUCUCCCUGGUAUGCUCCAUUCCAAUUGUCCUAAGGGUCUUCUGCCCAAAUUUUCCAGCUGGUCGCUGGUGAAACUCGGCCCUGCCAAGGCUUACAACUUCCACACUGGCUUAGAUCAACAGGGCUUCAUCCUGGGAACAAACUACUUAAUGCCUUGGGACAUUGUGAUCCGAACAAGGACUGAAGAGGAAGGAGACCUGGAUACUAAUUCCUGGCCGGCUCCUAACAAAGCCAUUCCUGGGAAGAGAAGCGCCGUCGUCAUGGGAAGAGGAAGGCGUCGGGAUGAUGUGGCCCGUGCCUUUGUGGGGUUUGAGUAUGAAGACGCUCGCGGCCGAAGGUUCAUGUGUUCCGGGCCGGAGAAAGUCAUGAAGGUGAUGGGAGGGGGACCGAAAGAAUCGGCUAUCAAAGCUCUCAACUCGGAUAUGCCUUUGUACAUCUUGUCAUCCAAUCCAGGGCGAGGACUGAAACCACACUAUGCUCAGCUGAUGAGACUUUUUGUUGUAGUUCCCGAUGCUCCACUCCAGAUAAUACUGAGCCCCCAGGUCCAACCAGGGCCACCUCCUUGCCCUGUAUUUUAUCCUGAGAAGCAAGAGAUAACUCUUCCUCCUGACGGACUGUGGGUCCUUCGAUUUCCAUACGCUUACGUUACGGAACGGGGGCCCUGCUUUCCUCCGAAAGAAAACCAGCAGUUGAUGAGUUACAAGGUUGUCCGAGGAAUACUAAAGGCUGUGGUACAAUAGGAGUUCUUGGACCUCAAACAUUGGAAGUUAUUUUUUUUUCUCCUUCCCCUCAGCAUUGCCCUGAAAUGUAUGAUGGAUUUUGAUUACUAACUGCUGGGAUUUUGAAAGUAAUCAUUGCUCUGAUUUAGUGAAACCAAUGUACGUGAAGGUCCCAAUUUUGAAAUGAUGUUAUAUGUGCCAAAACAUGCUGAGAGUGGUAGGUAGAGUAAUACUGAAGGCAGAUUCUGGCUUUUAAAAAAAUAUCUGUGGAUCAAAAUGAAGGGGAGAUCAGGGAAAGAAACCAUGAGGGGUUGCUCUGCUGCAAACCCAUAACAAUCCCAUAUUGUGUGUGUUUAUAUGAGGAAAGAGAGAUGAUUUGUAUAACAGCUACACAACACAGCAUUCAUGUAAGUUCUGAAACCUUGCAGAAUGGUGAGCAAAAGUCAUUUAUGUGUAAAUAAAUGACCGAUGGAAUA